CAGAGAGGGAGGGAGGGAGGGCCGCCUUCACAUCGCGAGCGGCGGACAGACAGCAUGAGAGGCGGCUGGUCGAGCGCGCGCUUCUCAACACAAAAUGUCUCACAGUAUCCUAAAGAGUUUAAAUCGAGUUGAACUCGGUGGAUACAACUACUGGCCCCUCUUCUCCCACAUUGGAAUCCGCCUGUAUAACUACGAAGAGAUCCCAACGUUUUUAAAGGGGAAUCCAUACAUUACUGAUGGCUACAGAGCGUACUUACCAUCAAGUUUGUGCAUCAGAAGCCUUUUUGUUUUGUCCAACGAGAGUGUGAAUAUAUGGAGCCACUUGCUGGGGUUUUUCCUGUUCUUCCUCAUUGGGCUGCAUGACACCUGCUUCCUAUUGCCAUCGUCCAACAGCACCAGGGAUGACUAUAUCAUUUUCAUCAUCUUUGGGUUUUGCUUCCAGUUCUGCAUGCUGUGCUCAGCGGGCUACCAUCUUUUCUGUUGCCACCACUCUGAGAAAACCAGCCAGCAGUGGCUCGCUCUCGACUAUGCUGGCGUCUCGGUGGGAAUGCUGGGCUGCUACGUUCCAGGAGUCUUUUAUGCUUUUUACUGUGCUGAGCAGUAUUGGAGACAAGUGUACCUUGUAACCGUGUUGGCCAUGAUUUUUGUGAUGUUCCUCACACAAAUCCAUCCGCAGUACGCCUCCCAACAUUGUCACAAGCUACGCAUCCUGCUCUUCUGUUUCAUUGCCGCUUAUGGAUUGAUCCCUACUGUUCACUGGAUAUUCCAGAACGGAGGCAUUGGGGAGCCAGUUGUUAAGGUAUUUGCUCCUAGAGUAGGUGUUAUGUAUCUACUAGCAAGUUUGGCAUUUUUGUUUUAUUACAGCAAAGUACCUGAAAGAUACUUUCCUGGUGGAUACUUGAAUUACUUUGGCUGCAGCCACCAGUGGUGGCAUUUCCUGGUCGUUUUAAUGUUCUACUGGUGGCACCAGACUGCAGUUCAUAUCAUGCAUUAUAGACACGAGCAACCAUGCCUAAAAAUAACUAAGGUAACGUCCCAGACGCGCAACAAUGGUGAAGCACGACACCAAGCCGGGGGGUGGAGACGGGGUGACUAUAGGCACGAACGAAUAGGAAGAUCUUCAGGCAAGACCAGGCAAGACCAGAAGAUGGGUCAAGGCGGAGGGAUAGAGAAAAAGUGUUCCUGAGUUUCAAGGCCUCGUGGCUGAAAGCACAACCACCAAUGCUGGAACGGAGGGCAACAGGGACAUGCAGAAGGCCGGAGCCAGUUGAGCGGAGGCAGCGGGUUGUAGACACUUGUCAAUUUAAAACCCCAUACUUGCACAGACAACACACCAACAACUAAACUUCCAAUAUGAUCAUCUCCAUAACUUUGUAAAGUCUUUGAGUUCUUAUUUGGGAGAAUGAAAUUUAAUUUGUGGGUAAGCUAGCAGCACCGCAACCUCUGUCUUCCACUAUUGGAUUAUGAACAAACAAAAGUAAGACAGCACAGGUUCAGAGUAAGUUUGGGAUAAACAUCAGGAAAAUCUUUACAUGAAGUGCAACCAACAGCUGGAACAAGUUACUCGGAAGAGUGGUAGACCCUAGGACAAUGGACUCAUUUAAAAGGUAGCUCAAUGCUGUCAUGGGAAAUCUGCAGAGUGGGUACUCUGGAAGGAAGGAAUUGAAAUAGUCCAAAAGGCCUUCUUCAUUCAAACCUCUCUUGGCAUCUAGUUAUAUCUACAAAAGCCCAAAAGUUAAAUUGGACCCGUUAGCAAAAAAUUAAAAUCAUAUCAUUGAUGCUUUAUAAAGGCCAGAUAUUGCAUAUUUUUAUAUACCACCCACUAUCAUAAAAAUACUGUAAAUUGGUUAGCAUUUACAAACUGUACCUGGAUCAACAAAAUAAUUUAUGAAUCAACCUUUAAAAUAGUCAUUUAGGAACCCAGAUUUUAAAAGAAAUCAGAAAAGAGGUCAUUUGAUUUACACCACUGAACAUGUGGAAUCAUAUCAGAAACAUCUAUGUUGAUUUGGGAAAUAAAAUGAAAGGAAUUGCAGUACAGAACUAUUUGACCCACGAAGCCCAUGCUAGGGGUACCUCCUCCUUGUAUCAUAAAAUCUGGAGUUUAAUCAUUCAUUGCAAAAUACAGAUGCAAGUGGAGUUUGAUCCAAAUGUCUGCACCAUAUAAUAAUACAUUUUCUUCAAAAUUAGUGCAAAAGAUUAUCUGGCAAUCAAUAUUUAUUUCAGCCUAUUUAUGCCAAAUGACUUGAAUCAAUUAAAGUUGGGACACAGAUCAGAGCAGCAGUUAAAAAUGGAGGUCCAGGUCACACAAUGGGCAAUCGUUUAACUUCUAGGCUUUGUGUUCUGAUUUAUUUUGUAAUACUAGGAUAAAAGAUCUUAGAGUCUAAGGAAGUCUCAACAAAUUUGCUGGUGAACACAGGUCUGCAAGUAACAUUCCCGAUAAUUUGUCACAAGUUGAGAGUCUGAAUUGAGCGAAGCUUUCAGGAGUGCCCACUGCAAAAUAACAACUUUGCUGCAGGUAGUGCUUUGCAGAGAUUGCUGUUAAACUUUAAUGCAGUAAAGAGGGAGCUGUGCUCUAGAUGUACUCUGUCCUACAUAAUGCCUGUGAUUACUCAGUCAAGGUUAGUCUUCAUUCACAAACAUUGCUUUCAUUUUUUUAAAAAUGGUGUGUGUUAUUGCAAUUGAGGGAAAGAGCAAAGCCCCAUGUUAGGACUUUUGAGUCCAUUGUUUGAACUGACAUUCCAAUGUUCAGGGAUUAUUGCAUCUUUGGAGGUGCCAUCGAUCAGAUGGGAUGUUAAACUGAGGUCCUAUCUGUCUGUUCGGGUGGACAUUAAAGAUGCUGUGACAUUAUUCGAUAAGAGGAGUUUCUCCCAGUGUCCUAGGCCAACAAUCCCCCAAGUAAAAUUGGUCAGUCACUACACUCUAUAGUAAAUUGAAUUUUCAAAUGUUUUCUUUAGUUCCUAAUCAUUCAUUUUAAAACACGGAUGCAACUGGGUUUAAAAAGACUGUACGGUACAAUGUGUUACAAUAUAUUAUAUUCAUUCCAAGACAUGACAAACAGACCAGCUAUUCUGAGUCUUUUCCCAUAUAAACAGCAAAGGUUUUGAUAGCAUUGCUUCCCAAUCCAUUUUUUAGGAAGUUAGCCUGGAUGGGUCGAAUUUCAAAAGUACCAAAUUAUUUUUAAAAAAUAACUCCUGGGGCAUGAUAACUUGUAACUUCAUCUCCUUGUCAUAUUGAAGAAUUUGCAAAUCAAGAUAGGAAAAAGAGCAUUGGUAUUGCAUACUAUCAAAGGAGUUCACAGAAGACAGGAAGUAUCCCUGUCAAAUUUCUGACUGUCCAGCAACUGGGGACGUCCUCCUGACAUGAAAGGUGCUAUACAAAUGUAAUACUAUGUUUUUAUUAAAUACAGUUGCUUACCAAUUAAAGUUGACAUGAGAAAUAUUUGUUUUCCCAAUUUUUUUCUUGCUCAAUUGGCAACAACAACAUGCCUCAUCAUCCUUGCUAGCCUUCGGUGGCCAGGGAUAUCGACUUUGACUCAGAUUAUUUGAAUCCCAUGAGCAGAAGAUAGUUUAUUUGCUACCUUCUGCUCGAUGGAUUCAAAUAAUUACAAUGGCAGUAUUGGCAUUGUACAGUUGCACACCGAACCGGAUUCCCCCCAUUGGUCUGGCCAGUCGGGGUUUAAGUGUACAAUAAAUAUACUACAUAUAAAAGCAGGAUUGAGAUUGUAUUAAUAACAAAAGUAUAAUGUACUUAUUACUGAGAAAACCCUUCAUAUUAUGUGAAUACUGUCGAUGCUCAAACUAGGUUUUAAGUUGCAUUUCCUGUUCUGGAAUCAAUCAUUCCUAGAUAAGUUCAACUCCAGCAAAAAGGCCCAAGCUUUUAAUAUCCCCCAAAAAGUACUUUGAAACUUGAUCUUGGAUACACUAUUUAAUACGUGAAUACGAAUCACAUUGUUUGAUUAUUAGUGCAAACGGCAAUGACCCCCACAACAACAAAUUACAUUUGUAUAGUGCCUUUCACAUCAA